UCCUGCUUCCAAGCUGUAAAGGGGCAUCCCUCUUCCAGCUGUCUGCCCCGCCAUCUAUCCAACAUUUUCGCACCUUCUACGGUCUCAUUCUGAGUCGCCUAGCCCAGCCGCCUGCACCAAUGGCGCCAUUUAAUGGAUCACAUAGGUCAGCCUCGCUGUAGCUGAAAAACCACGAGACACACCGGACAAAUGAACACAUCAGGAAACAUCCAUUGGCGAUUGGCUACAAACACCGAAGGAUCAAAAAGAGGCGUUUCUAGCGACGAACUUAUCUACUGUCAAGGAACUGCUCUCCCCCGUUAAAAUGCUCCGUACAUCCCUAGGCUCCCAAUUAAUUGGGACAGCAAUCCUAGGCUUCUUAACAUGAGUUCAGCUCGUUCAUCUCUGUCCAUCGCGAUUUCUCCUCGCGCCGUCGUCGUCCUCGCAUGUCUGUUGUCCCAAGUCCCAGGUGCGCAAUCUACAAUCUGCUAUGAUACGACAGGCCUUCCGAAUACAAACUACUACCCAUGUGAACCGGAUGCCACAAUCUCCUCCUGUUGCGCAGCAGGCGAUGUCUGCUACAGUAAUGGACUUUGCUCUCCUAGUCAAGCCCGGAAAGACGCCCAUCCAAAGGGUACUUUUAUAACCGAUUUCUAUCGGGAUAGUUGCUCUGAUCCAUCAUUUAAAGACCCCAAGUGCCUCUCGCAAUGCUUCAAUGAAUCCCACCAAGGCAUCACAAAAUGCGGCCAAAAUAGAUAUUGCUGCUAUGGGCUGCCUGGAUGCAACUGCAACGACGCUAGGCAGGUUGUCACUAUCGUAGAUGGCUCUGUUAUUGCUACGAUAGAUCUCGGCGUAUCGACCUCUAUCGCUCAUACCUCUUCGUCGACCUCAACAUCUAAAGAUCCAACAGCAACAACCACUGCGCCAGAAAGCAGCACGCCUGCAAAUACUUCGCAAUCUCAAGGAAGCAAAAGCUCUGCAGUUCCGAUUGGCGUUGGAGUUGGAGUCGGCGGGGCAGCUUUAAUAGCGGUUGCCGCCGCGGCAUUCUUUUUACGACGACGCAGAAGGCAAAAGUCGCCUCCUUUAGGACCUCAACCGAAGUCCGAGACAAAGCCUGACGGAUUGCAUCCCGAAAUGAUGAUAAGUCACACUACCGCAGAGCUACCUAGUCCCCAUGGAACCCCAAUGUACGAGUUACCGGCUCCUCGAUGAAAGGAAUUGCGGCAUUGCAGGCUAGGCGCACUGGGAAGGUUGGGUUGGAUGUGGCGAGAAUAGAAGAUGGACACUGCGAGGUGAUUUUGCUCCGAAUUAAGGGGGGCUACCUAAGGCCAUUGCAGUGGCGAGUGGGAAGGAAGUACAUAUAUUUAACUGCCUAGUUGGCAGUCUUAGAAAUGGAAAUGGAAGACCAUAUUAACCUUGCGAUACCAUGUUUAUCAGCAACUAAAGAAGUCCAUUCAGGUAGCUCAAGGACAAAAGAUGCUAAAACUACGACCGCCCGACAGAUCAUCGCCCGACAGAUCAUCGCCCGACAGAUCAUCGCCCGACAGAUCAUCAUGGAGAUCAGAUCACAAUAAGAGAGCUCAUCGAUUAUUCCCCAAUCUACCCCGUCCUACCCACACCCACCAAACCUAGAGCUUCGAGACAAACCACCCCGAAAUAACCGCACAAGCUUGUGU